GGGGAAGUGAGAGAGAGAGGGAGAGGGAGAGUGAGGGAAACAUAGUAAACCUUCGCUUAUAUCUUUGGGUUUGCGGGUUGUGAACUUAUGGGAGGAGAGCUGUACAGAAAGUGACUUCUUUCUUCUUCCUCUUCUAUUUCUUCUCUUCCUCUUCUAUUUCUUCUUCUUCCUCCUUAUCUCUCUAUCUUCGUCGUCGUCGUCUUCUUUCGUAAGUUUCUAGAGAGAGAGAGAUGGGGAACUGUCAAGCCAUUGAUGCAGCAGCUCUGGUGAUACAGCAUCCGAGUGGGAAGCUAGAGAGGAUGUAUUGGCCUAUAAGUGCGAGUGAGGUGAUGAGGUUGAACCCCGGUCACUACGUUUCCCUUAUCAUUCCGUUGCCGGUUUCCGAACAAGAUCACGAACAAGUAGCAGAGAAUAACGAGGAGGAGCACGGCAAAGCGGUGCGCUUCACUCGCGUCAAGCUUCUUCGGCCAAACGAAACUCUCGCUCUCGGCCAUGCCUACCGGCUGGUCACCACUCAAGAGGUUACGAAGGUUUUGAAGGCGAAAAAGAAGAAACAGCAGCUCGAAUUGCUCGAGAAGUUGCGAACGGGGCAAGGGAAGGAGAAUUCGGGUUGCGAAGAGGCAGCAGAAGAAGUGAAAUCUAGUGACAAGGAGAAUAUCAAGCAUACUUCAAAACGCGAAAGGCACCGAUCAAGGACAUCAUCAGCGAAUGCUGCUGCUGCUGCAGCCGCACUGAGGUCCAAGUCUUGGCGCCCCUCGUUGCAGAGCAUCUCCGAGGGCGUAAACUGAUCAGCGGUUUCCAAACUUCGAUAGCGAACAAAUUGCAGAGUAGACAAUAGAGUGCAAAAAUUGAUCGAAACCCGAAAUUAAUGGAGUCGGGAAGGAGUUUUCUAAUCCAAUGUCAAUCACAUCCCCCCCCAAAAUUCAUCCCAUGUUGAAAGCAAUAAUCCAUCUGUAUAGCAACACACAGAAAAAAAGCACUGAAUCUGACAUUGUAUUAGAAGUGUGAGUUUCCUGGUAGCCAAUGGGUCUCUUCCCCAUUUUUUUGUGUUUUAAAUAUAAAUGAUCUGGAGAAAUACAAAACCAAAAUAUAAAUUUGUGUGGAUUACAAAAAUAAUA